AUGGCUGAGUCGGUUCGAGUGAUAUGUCGUUGUCGUCCCUUCAAUCAGCGGGAAAUCAAGCUCAAUUCGAAGGUAACCGUCAAUCUUUUUCUCCAUUUUAUUAUGUGACUUUAAACAAUUCUUUUAUGUCAUCAAUUUACGAUUAUAAAAUUUUUUUUCUACCGUAUUUCAGCCAUGCGUCGAAAUGAACACGACCGUGGGCCAAUGCGCCCUGAAGGCCUCAGAUGCACCACCAAAGGUAUUUACAUUCGACGCGGUCUAUUACAUGGAAUCGACGUCGGAGCAAAUCUACAACGACAUCAUCUACCCAUUAGUGGAGAAUGUUGUCGAAGGGUAUAACGGGACUGUAUUUGCUUAUGGACAAACGGGUUCAGGAAAGACUUAUUCGAUGCAAGGCGAUGACAAGAUCCAAAGUACACGAGGAAUCAUCCCCAGAACAUUCGAACAAAUAUUUGAGUCAAUAGCUGUUGUUUCCCAAACAAAGUUUCUUGUUCACGUGUCUUACUUGGAGGUAAGAAGUCUAAAUUUAAACACAAAUUGUAGAUUUACAACGAAGAAAUACGAGACCUACUGGGAGAAAAUCGUCAGCAAAAGUUGGAUAUAAAAGAACGUGGAGAUCGAGGGGUUUAUGUGGCUGGACUGUCCAUGCAUGUCUGUCAUAAUGUUGAGGAUUGUCUGAAACUGAUGGAUAUUGGCUUCAAUAAUCGGCAUGUUGGGGCAACUUUGAUGAAUAAAGACUCCAGUAGAUCUCAUUCCAUCUUCACUAUUUACGUGGAGGCUUUGUCAGAGAGCGGAACUAUUAGAAUGGGAAAGCUUAACCUAGUAGAUCUGGCUGGAAGCGAACGACAAGCCAAGACUGGAGCAACUGGAGAGAGAUUCAAGGAAGCUACCAAGAUUAAUCUCUCAUUAUCUGCAUUAGGUAAUGUAAUCUCUGCUCUGGUCGAUGGGAAAUCAAGUCACAUUCCAUAUCGUGACUCCAAAUUGACACGACUUCUUCAGGACUCGCUGGGAGGGAAUACGAAAACGGUAAUGAUUGCGUGCAUCUCGCCUUCGGACAACAACUAUGAUGAGACUCUCUCGACUCUCAGAUACGCAAACAGAGCAAAGAACAUUAAGAAUAAACCAAGAAUUAAUGAAGACCCUAAAGACGCCUUGCUCAGAGAGUAUCAACAGGAAAUUGAACGUCUGAAAGGCCUAGUGCAGCAUGACCGACCUGUCCAACCAACUGAGGAUGUAGAAGAGAUCAAAAAGAAAUUAAGAGAAGAGUUUGCACAUCAGAUGGAACAACUGAGAACUAGCUAUGAACACGAACAACAGAGUAAAGCAAAGUUGGAAGAAGAUCUGAAUAAAUUGAAAACACAGUACGAAAAGGCUGCAGCUGAUGUAGAAAUGGCUAAAAGAUCCGAGAAACCAAUGGAUGAAGCGGAGGCCAAGAAACGGCUCGAACAACUGGAGCAGCAACUAGUUGGUGGAGAAGAGGCUAACAACGAGGCAUUAAAACAAAAACGACUUAAGAAAAUGAAGGAAGCCGAGAAGAAGAUGCAGAGACUGGCAGGUAGGCUCCCUCAGCUUGAUCUAAAAUUAAUUUCAGAAGCCUUGAAUGUUCACAAAGACGAUCCCUUGUUACAUGUUUAUAGUUCUACGCAGGAUAAACUUGACGCCCUUACAAAGCAAUAUAACUUAGAAGUAGAAAAGGUAAUUGUAGAAAUGAAAUAUAGAUUCCUUUCAUUAGGUUCGAGCGUUAGAAGCCGAGAUCCAUGAUUUGCAAGGUGAAUUUGAGUUGGACAGAUUGGAUUAUCUAGAGACAAUAAGGAAACAGGACAAACAACUCAAAUUGCUCCUACAAAUCUUUGAAAGAGUUCAACCAGCUAUCAGAAAAGACUCAAACUAUCAUGAUUUACAUAAGAUAAAGAAAGAAGCAAUAUGGAAUGAAGACUAUGGGCGCUGGAUUCUUCCUGAUCUCAACACUUCCAAAGGAGCAUUGCCUAAUGCUGCGCGUGGUAAGUGCAAUACGAUGGUGAGAUUACUGUAUUUUUAGUCAUGCCGACUUCUCAAUCUGAUUUAAGUGAUGAUUAUUUGGAUGAUGACUCCAGCACUGAGAGUCGACUUAAAAAGCGUUUGGAAGAGAGUGCCGGUUCUGACUUCAUUAACAAUUAUUUCAAAUCGCCUUCGAGAACGAACAUUCUAGACAAGUACAGUGUCGAUAGCAAUAAACGGGGUAAGCCCAGAUAAUAUAAACAUAUUCUUUCGGAUCUUUAUUUCGAAAUUCUCCAUUAUAUUAUUGAAAGUAUUCCCCAGGAAAGGCAUUCCCACGUUAGUAUCUUUAUACAUAGUGGUUCCUUCCCCUUUAACCGUUAAUUAUUUACAGAGAAGUCGAAGUUUCUGCAAAGGAAUAAUAGGACGGACGGUCUCAUAAACGGAGUUUUAUAUACCGAUGAUUUGUAUGGUCAACCGGGUCAACCACAUCAUCAGAUGGACCAGCAACGCUCCAACAGCGCCCUGAGGAAACCUCAACGUCUGGAAGCCCUUCAGGUCCCCAGAAACAAGUCAUUCGCUUGA